AUGCCCGUGCCCCGCCCUCUCCCAGCCGUCUGUCUGUGGGCAGCAAUGUGGCAUCGCUGGAUUCGGAAAGCUGGACCCCGGCCGUCUGGCUCGUUCGCCUUCCGCUCCUCACCCUUGUUGGAAAGCGUCCCUUUUGCGCCAUCUCUGUCCGUCCCUUUUCCUCCCCUCGCCCCUCCCCUCUCCUCACCUCAAUUCCCUCCUCUCCCCUUCUCUCUUCGUUCCGCCGCAACCUCUCAUAGCCUCCAUCCACUAUGUCCCGUAUACUCUGCCCUCUUCUCUCCUUUCCUCGCAUCCCGCCCCUCCCCCUCUCCAUCAUUCACUGCUGUCGUUCUCAUGCCGCGGUCCUCGUCGUCCUGGUCGCCCGGCCCGGCCCUGCAGAUGAGGGCGAGUGGCGAUCCGGCGGCACAUGCACAUGUGGGUCGCUCGUGUGGCGAUGAGUGGGCGCUCUCAGGCCACAGCAGCAUGGUGCUCUCCCCUCACUGCAGCCCUGAUGGCGCGGCCAUCGCAACAUGGGCGUGUGAUCCACGUGCUCCGGCGGGUGUGGUUGGUGGCGGGAUGAGUGAGCGGCAGGUGGGCGCAAGGAUGGCGGGCGCACACCGAGCAGCAGGUGGAUGGCACCAAGGCAGCUCCCAGACAAGCGCUGCCUUACAAGAGCAGUUCACCGCCCCGGCCGAGCCCGCCGCUGACUCAUGGUCAGCUGGCGGGGCGGAUGCGGGCGGGGCGGUGGCCGCGGGGGAGGAGAGGCAAUUGCGGUGGGUGCGGCUGAAAUGGGCUGGGAAUGCGAGCAGCCAGGUGCUGCAUGCUGAGCGACAUGGGGAUGGUGCAGGGUGGGAGGGUGCAGAGGGGGAGGGUGCAGUGUGUGAGGGUGCAGUGUGGGAGGGUGCAGUGUGGGAGGGUGCAGUGUGGGAGGGUGCAGUGUGGGAGGGUGCAGUGUGGGAGGGUGCAGUGUGGGAGGGUGCAGUGUGGGAGGGUGCAGUGUGGGAGGGUGCAGUGUGGGAGGGUGCAGUGUGGGAGGGUGCAGUGUGGGAGGGUGCAGUGUGGGAGGGUGCAGUGUGGGAGGGUGCAGUGUGGGAGGGUGCAGUGUGGGAGGGUGCAGUGUGGGAGGGUGCAGUGUGGGAGGGUGCAGUUGUGGGAGCAGUGUGGGAGGGUGCAGUGUGGGAGGGUGCAGUGUGGGAGGGUGCAGUGUGGGAGGGUGCAGUGUGGGAGUGGGAGGGUGCAGUGUGGGAGGGUGCAGUGUGGGAGGGUGCAGUGUGGGAGGGUGCAGUGUGGGAGGGUGCAGUGUGGGAGGGUGCAGUGUGGGAGGGUGCAGUGUGGGAGGGUGCAGUGUGGGAGGGUGCAGUGUGGGAGGGUGCAACAUUAACACAGCAGCUGUAA